CAACUCGGAAGCAGAGCACUUGGCUUGCCGCGGCCUUUGCUCGCUGAGUCGAAUGGCGGACGGCGCGGAGCCAGGACCUGAAGACGAGGUGCUCGACCAGCAGGAUGGACAUUUGCAGCACGUGGAGAAGCGCGUGCGAAUGUCGGCGUGCAUGGAGCUGGUGAAGCAGCAUGCUGCCAGCAACGAUGCGGAGGUGCAGAGCCUCAUCGCGCAGCUUGCGCCCGAGCUGGGCGAGUUCGACGCCAAGAACUACCUUUUCCACUCCUGGCUGGUGAGGUGCUACCACAACAUCAGGCAGCGAGAAGCUCAGACCUUCGGAGCCGAGGAGCUGGCGUUCCCGCGGGCAAGGCAGCUGCUGUCCAGUGGACCUGAGCGCUUCAGCGCCAGGCAGCUGGAGGUCCUUAACGAGCUUUUGCGCGAGGAUGGUGCGAUGUCGGACGAGGUGGAGAUCCUGGGAUCAAAGCUGUCCCUGUGGCGUAGCCCAGCGCUGGCCGGAGGUCUCACGCUGGCCUGCGCAGGCUAGCGCCCCCUCGUCCAUUUUCCAAUGAGC